AAGAAAAUGCUACGAACGACGCUAUCCGCCGCUCCCUUAUCCACACGCUGCGAUGCCGCGCGAUGGAGGUCGCGGCGAUGGAAGGGCAGUUUCCCGCGCAGGAGGUGCUGCAUUUUUCCCAAGCACUAAAGGACAUCUUCACGGUCUACUGCGACCCAGCGUUCAAUUUGGCCACCGCGUUUGAAGUGACGCAGACAGAAAAUAUUAGAGCGAACGGGAAAAUGAACUACAGAGAAGGACGUGAUCGUCUUCAUGCUGGACACCAGCAAGGAAACGAGAAUACUCUCGAGGAAAGCGAGGAUGUGAGGACGCAACUAGACCGGCUGCAGUACGAGGUCUCAGAGCCGUGUAUUCUGGAGUGGGUAGACGGACCAGCGUCGAUGCCGGUGCAGUUGAAGGUCGGAUGUACUGUCCGAGCCGUGUAUAGUAACGGCAGCUCGUCAUCCAGGCGGAACAAUACCUGGGAGAGAUUCUACGGAGCAAGUGAAGAUGCAGCUACUCUAGACGUAGAUCUAGAAGCAGACGUUGAAAAAUACGAGGAAGAAAUACACGGCACUUCUACGUCGACAUGUGGCUCCUUCGAGAAGGAGAGGAAAAAAUAUGCCGACACUUUUCUGUACCAGGCUUGGAGCUUUCUGCUCCACGAUGAAGAAGACGAGAUGGUUGUGAGGCACGUAGCUGGAAACAAUUCGACCUUCGCGGACGAGAGCAGCUGCUCGGUUGCAGCUCGAGACAGACACAGACGAAGUUUCGAUGGCGAUGACAUAUUCUCAGACGAGGAUGCUGAAGAGGGUGCGACGUAUGAAGACGAUGAGAAGAAAGUUGCGGUUCUUCCGGACGGUGAUGGGUUGAUAAAUGAAGAGCCGAAAAUUGUCCGCCACCAGGUCGACAGUCACAGUUGCUCCGAAACAAACGCAACACUCAGGCGCCAGCGGUGGGAGCGAGAGAAGCUGGAAUUCUCGCAAAUCAUGUUCGAGCUCUUCUGUAGCAGCGACGAGCCUGACGCGGUCAGCGUGGGCGGGACGAGUGCGACAGACGAAAAGAAGGUUGAGGAAGAUAAAGUUUCAAAAACAGCCACUCCUCGUACACCAGAAGUCGGCAUCAAUGACGCUGCUGCGAUGAGCCCCGCAACAAGGCGCAAAGUACUAGAAGAAGGUGUCUUCGUCUCACCAAAAAGCCGUUUCUCUUCGCCAGGAGAGAGAUCGACACAAGACGAAGUCUUUUGGUCACCGGUUUCCACCAGCAACGCGGAAGAGCCUCGACUUGAGUCGCCGGAGUCAAAGAACACAGAAGAUGACCCUAAUAGAAAAGAUACGGAGCCUCCUCGCGAAACACUGCCCCAGCCACACGUUGGUCCUGUUUCAUGGGCCGCAACACGAGACGAGCAGGGGGGCCGAUCGCCCGUUCUUGCGUCCACUGCAGGAGCGGUAGAGGACGAGGAGGAGGAGGCUCCUGUGGGGCUUGCUAAUAAAAGUAAAACCGAGACGAGUGCAGAUUCCGCAUCCACCAACAGCAACAAUCUUGAAGAUAUUGACCCUCCCACAACAAGAACCUCCGACUGCUCUACCACCCGCGCGAGGACCAGCUCGCUUUCAAAGUCCCUGGGCUUCGAAGUUGGCGACGAGAAAUCGGUAGAAACGUUUCUCAGCCACGUGCAGGCGUGCUCGUUCCGCGAUAACUUGCUCUCCAGAUGCGAACGAAACCUCGAGUUCACGUUCUCCCUCGCACUGGACGAAGGCGGGCAGAGCACCUGGGCGCGGCACUGGGACCGCCAGGACUGCCAGUACGAUGUGUUUCUCCUAGUCUCCGGACGCGGGGCACCACCCGUGGUCGUAGGCCGCCGCGGUCACGCUCCGGCCGAACGAAGUGGUACUACUAGCUCCUUUGCGGAUCACCAAACCUCGAUGGAGGCAACGCAACUACCGCGACUGCACAUGUUCCACGGCUCGAACUACGGUGUGAUGCGCGCGUCGAGCCUGUUGACCCAGGAGAGCGGGCUGGUGCGGGUGCAGGUACCGGAAUCGCUGCUGUUCCCGAAUUCCGUCGCCGGCCGGGUGUCCUUUUCGCGGACGGUCUUGCGGUCGAGUGCAUUGUUCACGAAAAAGGAUUUGGUGGAGGUGCUGCUGGCGGUGAAGCGAAGCGGAUUUUCUUGUUUGCAGCACGAUUUUAUUGAUAUUGUGGAUUCAGACCAAGACGAAGAAACUAGCAAGCGUGUAGCUUCUCUUGCACCGGCAGCAGACGUCGAACUGGGAGCUGCAGCAGCAGGUUCUUGCAGUACUCCUUCUAAAAAGCUAGCUGCACGACCAGGAGAGAAGGCUACGACAGAUCAUGAUGCAAACCGCGAAGACACCACGAUCAGAAAGUUGGUCGAUCUCGUUGAGAAACGGAGAUGGAGCAGCGCUGCAGUGUCAACAUCUGCUGACGACAUCGAUACAACCACAGCGCGGCCACUUCCUGCCGUCUCGUCGCUGAAGAAACAGAUUUUGCAGCAGGCCAUGCGACUACAAACAAGGUGGGAGGAAACGCUGCGGGACAACAUUAUUCAUUCAGGCACCAGGAAACGAGGGCGCAAGAGCAAGACCGCGACCGCCGGUGAAGUAGACCGUGCUGACACUACAACUGGAGUUGUGCAAGAAGUCACAGGUGAAGGAUCAUCUAUCGCGGCACUCAACAUGGAUUAUACCAGGCCUGCGGUCGUGUCAGAAAGGGACGUCGUGGUGCAAGAGGACCCGAACACCGUCCGUGGUGCUCGCGGUUUAAUACCGCCGGAGGUUCAGGUCGCUGCGAAUGUUCCGCAGAACAAAGCAGGGCCAUCACCUGAGGUCGUCCAACAAACAAGCGUUCUCCGGGCGCUGGUCCGCGUCCACGCCCUAAACGCGAGACCGCGCUGGAUUCCGCUCGAUUUGCAGCCCUUUGUCACCACCGCGAAAGUGGAUGAUUGGGUGCCGGAUAGCACGACCGAUAUAUUCAGGAUGGACUGAAGAUGAAACUGAAGUUUUCGUUGUGCCAAGCGGUUGAUGUGUCACUGGUCUUCUGGAGGACGAUCUGAUGGAGAUGAGCAUGAACUUGCUGAACGAAGGUGGUCUACUUCGACCGCCCUCGUUGGCGAGACGAAUCAUGAAACGCUGGGCAUUUUUGGAGGUAAU